CAGUAUAUGGCUGAGCUAGAAACCUCUGGCUAGACUACAGUUAACGGAACGAGUACAUCCGUUACCCCAUUUUUGAUGCCCAAAUGACUUUCAACCACCGAAACAAAUUCCUCGUAUAGGUGAACAUGUAUGGCAAUAAAGACAAUUCUGAUUCUGAAACGAAGCAUAAUGAAUGUGUAUAUUUAUUAAAAAAAAAAUACUUGGAGAAUAUUUUUUAUUUAAAUAUAUGACGCUGUUUUCAUAUUUGUGCGUUGACAUUCGCAAAUUAUCCAACUGUGUUGGUGUGUGUCUACAAAUACUGAACCACGUAUUGCUCGCUGUAAGUGGGACAUAGUAAUGACAUAACUCCUUUGAGUGUUGGUGUUUAUUACAGGUUGCUUUGAGGUUUGAAUGAGGCAUGGUAGUUAAUAUAUCGCCAUCUGCUGGCACACUUAAAUUACUACACCCGUCGCUCAAUUAUGACGUCGUUCACAUGUUGUCAUUUUUGUCUGUUCCAGCCUACCAGCAUGGUGACCUCCUUGGCUUUGCCAGCAACCUGGCUAACGAGAAACGACGAGCUUUGCACUGUAAGUUAAAGAGACAUUUCCACUGGAUUUCUUAUCAGUUGUUAUGUUUGCCUCGUGUUGUUUAUUUCAGAGACGUACACGCCGUAAUUAUAACUGAAGCUUUCGAUCAAUGUUCACGUUUAGUUACUAACUUAUAUGUAUAACCUGAAGUAAUGGCUGUGUAUAUUAGAUUUGUGGCUAUGCACAGACUGGUGAGAGCUUGCACAUCCAGUCAAACGCACACCAGACACAGGGAUAUAUUGGUAAAACUCAGUAAAAGUCGAAGGGCGAUAAGAACUUUUUCAACUGCUUCUGUGAAACGUAAUGAGAAUAAGGGCGACAACUCAGACUCCACACCCUUGAGCACCAAGCUUCCAUCCAAACAAGCACUGCUGCACAGGAGCAGGCGACACUUGUCCCCUCUGGAGAGGAUCAGUAACCUGCUGCCCCAGGAAGUCCUGAGCCCUGAGGUGAUGCAGCUGAGAGAGCAGAACCAGCAAGAACCUGACGAACACGCAAACAUCCAGGUUACAGUCACAAACGGCACAAAAGAGGAAAUUGUACAUGAGGCACAUGUCGACAGGGACAGCCCAGAGACACCUGCGUGUGUUGUAGCAGAUGAGCCAAGCACUCCAUCGCAUCAUCAGGAGAAAAGGCAGCCGCCACCCACUGUUCCAGGGGAGAGGUUGCUCGCUUUCGGAGAGAUGGUCCUCGCCGAGCACCGUAAGAAGCGGGUUGAGUUCAGGAAGAUGUUCAAGCUUAAGGAAGGGGAGCGCCUGCACAGCAGCUGGGGGUUCAUCCAGCAUAAUGACAUCGCCGGGAAGCCCGCAGGUCACUUCCUGAAGACGAACAAGGCAGCUUCCAUCUUCGUUCGCCGGGCCAGUCUGGAGGAAUUCGUGCUGUAUAUGAGGAGGGCCCCUGCAAUCGCUUACCCUAAGGAUGCAAGCGCUAUGCUAAUGAUGAUGGAUGUCACAGAGGGAGACUGUGUGCUGGAGUCAGGCUCCGGAUCAGGGGCCAUGACUCUGUUCCUGUCCAGAGCAGUUGGCUCUAAGGGCAGCGUGCUGAGUGUGGAAGUCAGGGCGGACCACCUAAAGCGAGCCGUGCUUAACUACAAUCGCUGGAGGACGUCGUGGAGGGUGCGGAGAGGGGAGGAGUGGCCCGACAACGUCCAGUUUCACAACGCUGACAUCUGCGCAGCGCCCUCGCUCCUCGCCGGUCGGGGGUUCCAUGCGGCUGCUCUUGACAUGAUCAACCCACACCUGGCUUUACCCACCGUGAUCCCACACCUGCACCUUGGAGCUGUGUGCGCCGUCUACCUCGCCAACAUAACACAAGUUGUCGACCUGCUGGAGGGUCUCCGGUGCUCGUCGCUCCCCGUGCUGUGCGAACGCAUCAUAGAGGUUCCAGUCCGUAACUGGUUGGUGGUCCCCGCCCUGCAGAAAGACGGUCAGUACUGCACCAAGAAAGCUCCCGUCCUGGAUGAAGAGCCGAGGCAGGGAGACGAGACGUCAGACGACACGGAUGGAGAGUCGACCACAGAGGAAGACGCCGACCUCGCCUUUGGGAGUGUUCCUUACGUUGCCAGGCCUCAUUCUGAACAAAUGAGCCACACAGCAUUCCUGGUGAAACUGAGGAAGUGUGUGAAGUAGCCAUUCUGCCUGGGUGGGUGGGGGGUGGGGAGGUACAGUGGACACAAAUGAAUAUUACAUGUCAGCCAAAUGGUCUUCACAGGAAAUGAUUGAAAGAAUAAACGACCCAUUUUAAAA